GGCAUCUUCUUCAGAAGACGCAGAGCACGCGAGGAUGAUGCUGCUGCCAGCACAACGGCGAAAUAUUCGCUUAAAUCCACAGUGACAUUGACGGAUAAAGCGAUAUCUGUAACAGUGGAUGCUUACAUCGCCAAAAUAGGCCGGAUUGAAAAUUCUGACUUUCGUUAUUGUGGGAUAUACCCCUCCUUAAUUCUUCCUUUGAGAUGUGUAUCGAUCGUCUUAAAAGAUGUCGUCAUGCUGUAUGUUCAGCCUGGCUCUGGGUGUAGGGAUGAUGGAGAGAACAUGAAUUCUCAUUGUAAAGAUUACUGAUUAUCUCUUUGAUAUUAAUAUAAGCUGCGCUAAUGGAGAACACGGGUUCACAGAUGUUGUCGUUGGAGCAGCAGGUGGAGAGUGUGGAGAGGAGCAUUGUCUUCCUGAGACAGGAGCAGCUUACCAUGCUGCAUGGAUUACACCUGGAGAUUCUCUCCCUUCAGAAACGCUGUACAGAACUUACACAAGAACUUAACAUAAAACCAGCAGGCAGGAGUCAAGCAGAGGUUCAGGAGGAAGAAGAGCAGCUGAAAGUGCAUUGUUUGCAAGUUGAAGAACAUCUGCACGAACAGCAGCAAUUGCAGAGUGACUUGCGAUGGGAGCUGAGUCAGAAGACGGUGCUGGUAGGCGCAUUACGCGCCAGUCUGAAGGACAAGGAGCGGCGUUUCCUGGAGGAGCUGAAAAACCGCAGCCACAGGACCACUGCGCUCAACGCCGAACUGCAAAAGCAGACGGAGACGGCUGCGUAUCUUUCCUUCCAGCUGCAUUCCGCAAAGCAGAAACUUCAGCAGCAAAAGCUGCGCAGGAGGCAAGCCCCGCCCACCGACGACAAGCCACCUCUCCAACCUCCGGCCCAGGAGAGCGCUAGCAGCCCGACUGUGGUCAAACCCAAACGGCGUAGCACGAGUCGGCCCUCUUCGCACCUCCGCACCGAGCGCGCCAGGGAGUGCGUUCCACGCGAGAGGGUGACGGGCCCGGAGGAGCCUAUGGCCAUGCCUGACCCCGCCCUCUUCCUCUACCCGUACAGACACAGAAUGCGGCCCCGCCUACCGCACAGACACGCCCUGCAAGAGGCAGAGGGAGGGGAGGAGUCAGUGGAGCUUGAUCAGGGAGCUUCAGUAAACAGACUGGCUACGACUGUAGCUAAAGCCACCGCAACCACGGCAUCUACUACAGAGAGCAAUGCUGAAUGAGCAUUUCUUAUACGGUUCACUUCAACAACAACAUGCUUGUUUUUAUAUUUACCCUUGAAUUGCACCUUGAGAGAACCUUGCUUUCUAUAUGAUAAUGACAGAAAUGUUUAUAUUUGCAAAACAGUUUUGAUUUUUUUUACACUUUGCACAUACUGCAGUUAUGAAUGGACUGAGAUUUAUGCUUACGUUCGCACCAAAUUGCUCGUGUUUUUGUUUCCAUGAAGCAUCUUUAUAAUCGAGGCCCCCUACAUAAGACAGUGUCCUUGUUCACCCAGUACUGCUUUGUUCGAAUUUGUUUUUUAAUCUGUGCCCUUGCUUUGGAUUGCUCAUCUCAGCUAUUUGCCAGGUUUGCUGAAUGAUCCAUUGUCUGUCUGGUGUCACCACAAGUGCACUCUUCGGCCCUCCAGAUCCCAUAAAUACUGGUUGAUGGUUAAGUAGUAGAAUCUAGUAUGAAUGCUGAACACUACAGAGGAUAUGUAGCCUGAAUCAUUUGCUUAAGUGCUUUAUCUGGUGUAGUGUAUGUACACAGAGCGUGUUUAUAUGUAAGCUUGUUGAUUAGAAGAGAGUGGGCUCAAGGGUCAAUGCAUCAUUGUUCUGCCAUCAAAUGAGCUAGCGAUGCCCAAAGUACUGAUUCAUUUUUGCUGCUUAACACACAGUGUCCUACUCACAUGUUUUAAUCAUGAUUUGCAUUUGAAACACUACAGUCAAGAGUACUUUUAAUUUUAUAAUAUUAUGUAGCCAGGUAUUUAAGAAAGCUUUGGCGGUCCGGGGAUUAAGUUAGUUCAUGGUGAUAAUGUGGAUGCACUGUUAUAUAAAGGAUGGGACAGUAAUAACGCUAAUUAAAAGUAAAUAUACAUGUCUCAGGUUAUGCAAUUUGUGUUAACUGAGUCAAAACAUUAACAAAUAUUGAGACAGCGUUACGCUAUUUCUUGCUGUCUGACUGUGGUGUAUGACUUAUACACCAUAUGAUUUAUACAACAUCAUAUUUACAAUUUUACAUGUUGUAUAACUUGCUUUAUUAGAUUGAAUAUUGAAUAUAACCCCUUUGAUGUCACUAAGCUUGGACUUGAAUGCCUAAAAAAUGUUCUAUUCAGCUUAAUAUUAUUUCAGUUAUACCAAUUUGAAGCCCUACAAAGUGAUGUCUGCUUCACUCAGGGUCUGAGAAACUUUAUUUCACUAAUGUACACGUAUGCCUGACACUAUUUAAAAGGCCUAUAACCAGUUUUUGUAUUGCAUAAGUGGAGAGAUAUAGAGACUUUAGGACUAAGUGAGCUAGACUGUGACAUAUAUGACUAUAGUCACAUGUACUAGUAAUAGUUUAUUAUCUUUGAAACAUAUUGAUACUUCUUAAUGUUGUUCAUUUAUGAUUUAAUUGUUAGUUUCUUAAUAAUGCCAUUGUGAUUAUCCUAACAUUUUUGAUUAAAGAGAUAAGCAAUACUGCCUAACAUGUUAACUGUAUAUAAACAUGCAAUAUUUAAGUUUUAUGAUUUUUUUGUAGAUUUCAUUUCCAUGAGUUGAACAGUGUGCUUCCCAAAGGUUUUUUAAUUGUUUUAUUUGACUUUUUAUCUUGGAAUAACCAGUCUUCACUUUAUCACGGGUGAAAGCUAUUCGACUGUUACUGCAUAUUGUAUCAAAAGGAUUUCAAAACUGUUUUUACAUGAUUAGAACCAAAUUUGAUGAGAAACUUGAAUAGAAUGUAUUUGCACGUUUGUCCAAUGUCAUCAAUGUCCUGUUUCAGAAACAUUUGAAAUUCCUGAACACAAUUCAGAUCUCUUGACUAUUCAAAGAACUUUGUGCAACAAUAAUGUCGCAAUAAAAUAAAUCCACUGUGUAUUAAUAUUUCAUUAAAAGGGUCAUGACCUUUA